AUGGACCGCGAAAUCCCCGGUUACUACUACGUAGACUCACAAAAACGGAAAUACUUCCGCAUCGAACCCUCCCGUACCGCACCCCCCAGCGCAGCCUGGUCCGAGCGAAACGUCAAACGCCGAGCCAUCGCCACCCAAGAGGCAGAAGACCGGCAUCGCGAGCAAGUGAAAAGGGAGACAGACCAGGUCGUCCGGGCCCCCGUUAUGAGGGCGCCUUUGAUGGGUGGUUUAGUCAACCGCGAAGCGGGUUUAGUGUCCGCCGGGGCCGGGGGAAGAGGGACUGGGGGAAGGGGGGAUUUUUAUCAUGGAGGGGAUCAUGGGGGGGAUGCGGGGAAGGUAUCGGCGCUGUGGGUGGGGGGGAGUGAGGUUAGGAGUGGGUUGGGGGUGGUUUAUGGCGCGCUGGGAGGGGGGUUGUUGACCGCGGGGUAUGUGCCGAGGGAUGGGGAGGAUUGUAUCAACUUCCGCCAUGCCGCGUCGAGACAUCCGACUGUGGACUUUACGCCGACACCCGUCUCGCGGGAUAUGAAGGGGAUCACGGCGAUCAAGUUCCAUGAGCCGUCUCGCACGAUGCUCAUGUCGUGUCUGACGAACCAGGGGAGCGUCAGUAUCAGCCACUUUAACCCGGCAGCGCAAGUACAAGCCGGUGUCAUCGACACCUUCGCCCGCACCAUCCACUGCCUGCAACCCGCCGGCCCGGCCUCGCGCCUAACCUGCAUCGCCAGCACCGACUCGGGCAUCCUCCAAUUCCAAAACGACCGCCUCACCUGGCUCACCCCGCCGCUCCCAACCAAAAAACGCAUCCGCCAGCUCCAGCGCCAGGGCGUGUCCGACGCGGGCGCAGCCCCCUGGCAAGGCGACGUGCUCUCGGUCGAUUUUCUGAACCAGAACCCGGCCGAGAUCGUGCUGGCUGGCACGCGGUCGGGGCAUGUUUGUCUACUGGACCUACGCGUACCGCCGUUGGAGUGGCUGGCCGGGGAAGGGGAGGAUGUGAACACGAGCACGGUGUUUCAGCAUGUGAGCAGUGUGGCGCAUGUGCGGUCUGUUGGGGAGUACGGCGUGUUGGCGGCUGGGCCGCGGUCGGCGAUGGCGUUGUAUGAUGUGCGAAUCACCAAGUACAAAACCAACCGAACCAACACCCCCACAACAAACAACACCAACAACACCAACAACACCACCAUCACCACUAUAACCGACCCCAACCCACCCCCCCAAAUCCCCAACUCCACCCGUCCCAUCCUCACCUUCCCCACCUACCGCAACACAGCCCACAUCCACACCGGCCUCGACAUCCUCACCACCCCCGGUUACGGCGGCCCCAUCAUCGCCGCAGCCGAAGACCACGACUACGGCCUCUUACCACCGACCCGACCGAUCCCCCUCCACCGGCAAGAAGAAGCCGAAGCCGCGGCUACACUAUCUUCUCUCAAUGUUAACUUUAGGAGUGAGAGUGGUGGUGAACCGGGGAUUAGAGCGCCGAGUGUGGUGCAGAGUUUGAUGUGGCAAACGCUGUCGGGGGAUCGGCAUCCGAGUUUGUUUGUCGGGGAAGGGGAAGUGGUGAGGAAAUAUUCUUUUUGGGCGUGA